AUGGCUUCCGACUCAGCUGCAAACACCCCCGGUGCCGACUCCGCCGCUGCAACUCCCUCCGCCACCACCACCACCAACCAAGUGCGUCCCGGCGGCGCCCCGAUUAGAAGAUACAUGAAUGAGAAGAUUGUGCCGCAUCUUCUUGAUGGGAUGACGGUCGUUGCGAAGGAGCAACCACCUAACCCCCUCCGCGUCCUCGGCGAAUACCUCAUCCAGAAGAGCAAUGAAAUCGAACAGCAGGGUGUUUCGAAGACGCCGGAGUAG